CAAUAUUUAACCAAGCGUGGAACAAAAUGUUGAACGCGUUAACCAAAGGCAAGAAGUUUUUAACUGAUCUCUUUGAAUCUUCGACAUUAGCAUACGACCAACGAGACGAGUGGUGCACGAAACUAAAAUCGGUGCAGGAAAAAGGUCGAAUGGAUCAAUUACUACAAGUACAGGAAAUGAGAGAUUUACAAAAGUCAUUCGAUCACGAAAUGAAAUUGUACAAUUUCCUAUCAAAAAAGGGUGUUAUUAGAAUCAAUGAGAAAGAAGAAAAAAGAGUGGAAGAACAGAAGAUAGCCAGAGAGAAGCAACUUAAAGAAAAAUAUAGCGAACAUGUUAAAAUAAUUAACGAUAUAAAUGCGUACACACAAAAGUUAGAUAUAAACAAAAUCAUAGAAGAAUUCCAGCAUACUGAGCAAAAAAACUUUUCUGUAUACAAAAUGCUGACAGAAUAUUGCGCUGAAAACGAAGUUCUUGGACGUGAUCUGCAAAGAAUACGACAGAAUUUAGAAGACCGUAAAGAUUGGAUCGAAAUGACGGAAGAGAAGCAAAAUAAUAAACUAAAGAUGCUACGUCAACAGUUAGAACAGAAAUCAAAGAUAACACAAAACCUUAGACAGCAAUUAGAAAUUAGAACGCAACAACUAAACGACUCUAUGGAGAAAGUUUAUGAAAUAUUCAAAAUGCUGGAUUGUUCUUUGGAACCGUUCCAUAAUCUGUUAGGAGAUAAGCGUCCUUCAUUCCACUGUCUCAAUUUAACUUUCUGCCUUAUCACGGAGAAAAUCAAUGAAUUGAUUCACACUGCAUUUUAUUAUGUUAGUAUUUCAACUAUUUCUAUUAUUUAAAUUGUUUAAACUUUCGUAAAACAUCAUAUUA